UCUUCGUGUCUAAGCAGGUGGCGAUUAGACGAAGGACACCAACAUGGCUGUGUGCAGGGUGCUGCGCUCCGGGUUUGGCCUACUUCAGACAUCCCUGCAGGUCACAACACUGGCCUGCAGGACGGCGCUGGGCCUGGGCCAGCAUGUCCGGGGUUAUUAUGUCGACUGGAGAAUGCUGCGCGACGUGAAGAGAAGAAAGAUGGCCUACGACUACGCGGACACACGAGUGCGCAUCAAUGCCAUCAGGAAGAACACGCUGUUGCCCAAAGAGCUGCAGGAGGUGGCGGAUAAGGAAAUCGCUGCGCUUCCCCGAGACAGCUGCCCUGUCCGCAUCCGCAACAGGUGUGUGAUGACAUCGCGGCCCCGAGGAGUGAAGCGCAGGUGGAGAAUCAGCCGUAUAGUGUUCAGACACCUGGCAGACCACAGCCAGAUGUCUGGGAUACAGAGAGCUAUGUGGUGAAAGCUCCACUCGGGACAGUGGGGUUGGUUCAAUCCAGCCUGGAAGAACCAGAGUUCAGCUUUGUUACGCUGCAGAUCACAAGCAAAAGAAAUCUGACCUGCGUCACCUCCAUGUGCCGUUUUAUGUCCGAACCUGACCGAGUGUUGUCCUCCAAAAUGUAAAUUUCACUGAAACUCUUGUUGUUUUGAGUAUAAUAAAAGAUAUACCCUAAGUGAU